GCCUUCCGUAUCGUGUGCUUAAGAGUCCAGACUACUGACACCGCGGGCAGCUUAACAUCAAUAUAAUGCAAUGCCCGCGUGGGAAAAGUGCGGGCAAAAAGUGUACUGCUCAUGAUUGGUAAUGUAUAUAUAUGUAUGUAUAAUAUAAACUUAGAUAUAACAGAAGAACCGAUUUAAUUUUGAAUUAAAGCAACUAUUUAACUGCCAAGUAGGAAAAAUAUUAAUUUAAAAAAAAAUGUUAGUUGAAAAUAAACAAGUGAAUCUGUUUCCUUGUUAUAUCAAAUAAAAUGUUGCAAAUGAUUUUAAAUUAUGUAAAAAUAAAGUUUAGAACUAGGAUCACAAGGUGCAUAUUUGUGUGUAAAUCUGGAUUAUUUGAGUACAUCUGUUUCCUUGCAAUAUGAAAUAGAAUGUUGAAGAUGAUUUUAAAAUAUGUAUAUGUUAUAAUUUUUAGACCUAAGACCGCAUGUUUGGGUUGUUUGAUUUCAGUGGAUGGGAAUUGGACAGAAUGGAGUGAGUGGUCAAAUUGUUCAGUUCAUUGCGAAGGUGGCAGUAUUACUCGAGAACGCUUCUGUACAAAUCCUGCUCCUGCAGCAAAUGGCAAAAAUUGUGAGGGAAAUGCUACAGAGAUUGUUUUUGGAUGUAACCCAGAGAAAUGUGGUGUGGAUGGAGGAUGGAGUACAUGGUCGCAGUGGUAUCUUCCAUGCUCAAAAACUUGUGGUGGUGGAAUAAUCUACCGCAAUCGUACAUGCGAUAAUCCUGUGCGGACAUAUGGGGGGUUAGAUUGCAGCGGUAAUUCUGUGAGUAGCAAAGCAUGCAACACUGAAGACUGUGCAGGUUAGUCAACAGCUGGCAUCUGCAUGCCACAGUGGCGGAUCAAGGAAUUUAGAAUAGGGGGCCCAAGCCAAAUUUUCAUAUACAUAUAAAAAAAAAAAGCGAUCAUCUAAUUAUCGUGCGUCAUGAAUAUUAAUAAGCUAAGCCAAUAUUUCGGAGACGCGUCCGAACGAGAUUGUGCCGUUUAACGUGUUUGCUAUUGUUGGUGAUCCGCUAGUAGCGGAUCACCUCUUGUUAUUGUCAGGAUCAUCUUUUUUUUCUUAUUCUUCUUUCUUUCUCCCCUUUUCGGUUCGCACGAUAUCUCAAAAAAUGCC